GCGGCACUGUUACGUGCGAACCAAGCGAAAGCCAAGUUACCCCCACCCUCUCCACUCUCUCUCUCUCUCUCUCUCUCCCCCAGUCCGAAACGCCACUCCUCCUCUGCUCUGACACACCUCUCCUGCCCGCACGAACUCUACAGAGAGAGAGAGAGAGAGAGAGAGGGUGUCUCCUCUUUCGUCCAAGUGGGUCGGCUCCGUGCUCGCGCGGGGCUGGUUCGGCGGCGUUUUUUGUUCCGUUGUCGGCGGGGGUGGCGGCGGCGGAGGCGGCGGCGGCGGCGGGGGGUUCGUUCUUCUCUUUGUGGGUCGUGCCGUGCCGGGGGCCAGCGCUGCUAGACCGCUCGCUCACGGGGGUGUCGUCUCUGUCUUUUGCGGUCGUUGGAUGGGAAUUUGCGGGAGAGGAGGCGGGAGAGAGACAUGCGGAAAUCGUUCAAGGACUCCCUCAAGUCGCUCGAAGCCGACAUUCACUUCGCCAAUACUCUAGCUUCGGAUUACCCUCGGGAAUACGAUGGUGCCUGUCUUCAGAUGAGAUUAUCCUGUAGCCCAGCUGCUCGCUUUUUGCUGUUUCUUGUUCAGUGGACUGACUGCCACCUCGCCGGUACCUUAGGACUGCUCAGGAUUCUCAUUUACAAGGCUUAUGUAGAUGGCAAGACCACCGUGUCUAUUCAUGAAAGAAAAGCUAGCAUUAAAGAGUUCUAUGGUGUGAUAUUUCCCUCUCUCCUGCAACUUCACGGAGGAAUAUCUGACGUGGAAGAGAGGAAGCAAAAAGAAGUAUGUGCUGCCAAGUACAAAAGAAAAGAUGAACUUAACAAGGGAAAACUAUCUGAAAUUGAUAUUGAGAGGGAAGAGGAAUGUGGCAUUUGCAUGGAGAUGAGUAGCAAGAUUGUACUGCCGCAUUGCAAUCAUUCUAUGUGCAUGAAGUGUUACCGUAAUUGGCGCGCCAGGUCUCAGUCCUGCCCAUUCUGCCGAGACAGUCUCAAGAGAGUAGACUCUGGUGACCUGUGGAUAUAUAUGAGCGGCGUCGAGAUCCUCGACCUGAACUCCAUCGCCAGAGAGAACAUGAAGAGACUGGUUAUGUACGUACAGAAGCUUCCUCUCGUAGUCCCGGAUCCUGUUCAUGUCUCCUACGAUCCUCAUUUCUAAUGAUUUUUCCGGUGGAGGUCGUACUUGGACAUAGAUUGUGUUUGUAGAUAAUACAUCAUUGUGCAUAUGUUUAUUCAUCACAUUGCUAGUUGCUACCCAUUUAGAAUUGUAUAUAAAUGUGUGAUCAAUAUAACUUGUUGUAUGAAUAUUCAUAUUCUUUUACAUGGAAGCGUAAAGCCCAGAGGCUUCUUUAGUGCA